AUGCAUCCUGAUAACCUCUACGCCCAUCAGCCGCCGGACUUUGACCGACUGAUCAAAUCGGACCCAACUAUCAAACGAUCGAGCUUACUAGUGAGUUUUUUGCACGACUCAGAUCGGACUUCGAACACGGUUUUCAAGGAUCCAGAAAAGCUUCGGCAGUUGACUUGCGCACUGCUACUGAGCGAUUUUAAGCUUAAGCUGUCAUUGCCGCCUGAUCGGUUAUGUCCCAUAAUCCCAGGUCGGUUGGAUUACUGCUUAUGGCUAAUCGAUGUCUUGAAGGCUAGUGUUGAAUUGUCCGAUGGAGGCGCCGGGGUGCUGGUGAUUGAUGUCGGAACUGGAUCAUCAGCUAUUUAUCCCUUGCUACUCACUCAACUUUUAAAGAACGUCCGAGUGAUCGCAACAGAAAUAGAUCAAUCCUCGUAUGAUUCAGCAAUGCGAAACGUCACCCAAAACGAUUUGGUCAAUAGGAUCACUCUUCAGAAGACCUCAUCUACUGAUCCCACCAUCCUACCCAUCGCAUCAAUAUCUCAAGAACCAGACCAAAUGAUUUCUAUCACGAUGUGUAAUCCACCUUUUUAUAGCUCUCAAGACGAAAUAGACGCCUUGAGGGCCAAGAAAGAUGCUCCACCUGAAGGAGUUUGUACGGGUUCGGAGGUCGAAAUGGUUUAUCCGGGAGGUGAAGUGGGCUUCAUUGAAAAGAUGAUGAGAGAUAGUUUAAUCAUCGGAAGCCAAACCAGAUGGUUUACUUCCCUAUGUGGGAAAUAUACCACUUUAUUGCCCGUCGUCCAGCUUUUUAAGUCAUUAGGGGGAAAUAAUUACGCUAUCAGUGAACUCAUUCAAGGCCGCACCAGACGAUGGGUCAUCGCCUGGUCAUGGCAAUACUACCGCCUUCCAGAUAAUGUCGCAAGAGCAUUAGGGCCGCCUGGUCCCCGCCUGAAAGGCAGUUCCCAGCUCCUACCGCUGAGUAACCACUUGGAAUAUUAUAUCUCUUUGGAUGUUCUUGUGGUUUCCAAAAGGCAUUCACUCAUCGAUCAGAUCACCAAAACCCUGGAGCUUAUCGAAAAAUGUCGUUUCGAGGUGCUGCAAUGUGAACCCACUUACAUGUGGGAAGUGACCCUCUUCGAGAAAAAUUGGACUCGGAACGCAAGACGAAAACGAAAAUUUGCAGCUCCGGAAACGAAGAUCAGCGAGGCAACCUCGGGAACUCUCGAAACAGAUCCUAGCUCCCACGAACGUCUGGAUAAAGACCCCAUCUUGAAACGAUCUAAAGCAAAAUAG